GCCGGACAGAAAAUGUUGUUGAACCAGGAAAUGCCGCCGGUAAUUUAUCCGUUUCAACAUGGAGGUGAAAAGAGAAAUCUGAAGGAGACUACGCGCAGACAUCAAAGUUACCGAUUUCCCAAGGUCCAAAUGAUGUGUGUAGUAUGAACUGUGCCCGCUGUCUUCUACGGCUCCAGAGUCCAGGGAUCCUGGCCGCCUCUGUCAGAGCAGCUGUCCGUCGUACUGCCCAACAUCAGCUAUCCACAGUACCGUCUGGAAUAACACCACACACUACCUAUAGCCAGACACUGAGGCAUUUCCAUGGCAGCACUGCACUGUCCAAGAGCCAGGCGGUUCCCACAGAUCAGGAAGAGAAGGACAAGUCCUUGAUCACAUAUGACGACCUGUUUGAGAGGGUGGCUAGAGAGACGAAGACUAAAGCCACGUUCAACAGGGUGGUGGAUGUCUUCUGUAACAGGGACAUACGCCGUCGGGGUCACGUAGAGUUCAUCUACGCAGCCUUGAAGAAGAUGACAGAGUUUGGGGUGGAGAAGGACCUCACAGUCUACAACAAGCUGUUGGAUGUUUUUCCCAAGGAAGUGUUUGUGCCCAGGAACUUUAUCCAGCGCAUGUUCAACCACUACCCACGACAGCAGGAGUGUGGAGUGCAACUCCUGGAGCAAAUGGAGAACUAUGGUGUCAUGCCCAACAUGGACACCAAGGUUCUCAUUGUCCAGAUCUUUGGGGAGAAGGGGCAUCCGAUGAGGAAGUUCCAGCGCAUUAUGUACUGGUUCCCCAAGUUCAAGAACGCCAACCCCUUUCCCAUCCCCAGGCAGCUUCCAGAGGACCCGGUGGACCUAGCCCGUCUCUGCCUGACCCGCAUCGCUAACGACCUAGACUCCAAAGUCACGGUCCACCAGACGCCCUGUAGCGACAUCACUGAGUCAGGAGAGGAAGUUACGUACCCGCUGAUCGUAGGGAUCCAGAGCCCGGACCAGAUGGAGCUGCUGGCCAGACAUAACCCCGAGCGGCCAGUGUUUGUGGAGGGCCCAUUCCCUCUGUGGCUGAGGAAGAACUGUGUCUACUACUACAUCCUCAGGGCAGACCCGCUGCCCCCCGACCAGAAGGUGGAGCUUCCGUAUGACCCAGAGAGGAGUUUUUACUUCCCUCUGCAGCUGGACCUCGAUCUAGACCGGGACUUGGGGGACGACGACAGUUUCGAUGUGGACGACGUGGAUGAAGGCCCGGUGUUCGCCAUGUGCAUGACCAGCCAGGGGAACCAAGCCACGCUGAACCAGUGGAUCUCAGGCCUGCAGGAGAACAACCCCGUCCUGGGCCUCGUCCCCACCCUGUUCCGCCUGGAGGCUGGGCCCGCGGAGCUCCUGGGGGUGUCAGAUCCCGAUCCAGGACACGGGUACAGGCCGGGGGGGGCGGAGGAGACGCAGACGGGGGCAGAGACAGAAAUUGUUGUGGAGGAGGAGGAGGUACAUCCCCUAAGCCAGAGGGGGAAGCAGUGAACAGUUACGGGACAAUGAGGAGUUAUUUCACCACCAGAGACGCCCCCCUGGGUGAAUUAUGUUUUUCAUCAGUAUUUAUAAUUCUACUCUGAUAAAGGAUGUCAGCUGAUAUUUAUUGGAUAAAAUAAACCGUACCACUUACUGGUACAUAGGGGUUUUAAGGCCAUUACUUCACAAUCGAGAGCUUCACAAUAAUACCUCGAUCAUAUUUAAGUUACUGCAACGACAAAAAAAAGAAAUGCUGACAGCAUUUCUGUAGAGCAGUUUCUGCGUACAGUUAAAUUCACACGUUGGUUCAAUCCAACACAAGCACCACAAACUGCCAUGGUCUUGGGCAAAAAUUCAGCUUUUUGCUGGAAAUUAACCUACGUGGUAUCAAAACACAAUGAUGCUGUAGGUGUGUAUGAGGUGUGAGCUUGGAAAUACCGUAGCUGAUCUGUCGCAUGUACAUCUGUAACCGGAUGCUUUUUGAACUCAUUCAGUGUUGUGAUCAGUACACCUACUGUUUGACUAAGUUUGAAUUUGAACCAUGCUAAGAUCCAACAAUGUCUCUGUGAAUCAGAAAAUAAACGAUUUAAUGUUGCAAA